CAAUCUUUAAGAAGCUGCUACAGCUAUAAUGUAAGGUUAAGAGUUUAUUCUUUCAAAGCAGGUCUCCUCAUCUCUUAAACGCUAUACAUAUGAAGUAGAUAAAAACUGCAGUUUCUUUUUUGGUAGCAUUUAGGAUCUACAAAAGUGAUCCUUCAAUUACUUGGAAUUUCAAAAAAUAGAGGUUACCUAGUAACAAUGCACCAGUAGAACACAAAAUACUCUGAUUUUGUUUAGUCUGUGGGAAAAGAAAAAUCUUUAAGCUGGAAAGAUUUUGUAGUCUUACAAAGAUUACAUUGGAAUUGGAAUUACUGUAGUUCGUUUUUCCCUCUAGGAGGGCAGCCAUUUCUCUAAAAGUUUUGUAAAAGUUAAGACUAGGAUUUCAAAAUGCAAGCAGAUGUUGAUGAAGCAUACGAAAUGGGCAACUCCAUUUCUACUUCGGAGCCGCAGCGACUCCGACUUUGUGCCCCAACCCUGUAAAGGGCAAAACCUCAUCCCUUCGGUGUAAACUUUCAAGAGAAGUGGGGCAGCACACUUUAGGCGUUUCACCAAGAGGCUGGCGACAUGCUAGGUCAGGUUGUCCGGAGAAUCGGGGCUGAAUGGGAGAGAUCUUGAGGGCAAGAGCCUCAGAGACCUUCAGGCACCGAGGUCGUGAAGGUUUCCACGUGCCCCUCUCUAGCUGCUCCCAGGGGGAAUUAGUGGUUGCUACAAUAGUUUAAGAGGGCCGUGGUUUUUCGCAACCCGGGCGGGGAGAUGGCACUUUGGUGUAAGCGAGGUAAGGUGGGUGCACUGGGAUCUCCGCUCUCGGAGCCUCCAGCUGACUGCCACGCCGACUUGUGGCCAGACCUGCGACCUCCGCCCUCCCCCGCGGCGCCAGCCUCUGGAAUCUGGCGUCGCCCCCACCUCUCCAGUCGAAGUGGGAGUCCCUCUGUGCGGGGCCUCGCCGCCAUACCCAGGCCGAAUGGGGGUGGGGAGGGAAGCUGGCAGAGCUCGGCCUCAGGAUCCGCGCCCCUGUGGAAGGACGGCAGAGGGAAACCGUUUCACCAGCCUCUCCCCUUCUGGGGUCUCGGGAAACACGCGGAGGACAGUACAGGACAUGAGUCCUGGUGAGGGACCCGAGGAGCAGGACAGAGAAGACGGCCCCUGAAUCCCAUUUGGCCCCUUGCUGGCUGGAGGUGUGAAAACCAGCGGUGGAGGCAGCCUUCGGGGCCUGCAUUUGAGAAUAAGGGUGUCACUAGUUCCAGGCGUCUGCUGAAAGAUUUGAAACGGAAGAUGAUGGCCACUCCGAACCAGACCGCCUGUAAUGCAGAGUCACCAGUGGCCCUGGAGGAGGCCAAGACCUCUGGUGCCCCGGGGAGCCCCCAAACACCCCCUGAGCGUCAUGACUCUGGUGGUUCCCUGCCCCUGACACCGCGGAUGGAGAGCCACUCAGAGGAUGAAGAUCUUGCUGGGGCUGUCGGUGGCCUGGGCUGGAACAGUAGGAGUCCCCGGACCCAGAGCCCAGGGGGCUGCUCAGCGGAGGCUGUGCUGGCCCGGAAGAAACACCGUCGGCGGCCAUCGAAGCGCAAAAGGCACUGGCGACCCUACCUGGAGCUGAGCUGGGCUGAGAAACAACAGCGGGAUGAGAGGCAGAGCCAGAGGGCCUCCCGGGUCCGCGAAGAGAUGUUCGCCAAAGGCCAGCCCGUGGCCCCCUACAACACCACCCAGUUCCUGAUGAAUGACAGAGACCCGGAGGAGCCCAACUUGGAUGUGCCCCAUGGGAUCUCCCACCCAGGUUCCAGUGGGGAGAGUGAGGCCGGGGACAGUGAUGGGCGGGGCCGAGCACACGGUGAGUUCCAGCGGAAGGACUUCUCUGAGACUUACGAGCGCUUCCACACCGAGAGCCUGCAGGGCCGCAGCAAGCAGGAGCUGGUGCGAGACUACCUGGAGCUGGAGAAGCGGCUGUCGCAGGCGGAGGAGGAGACUAGGAGGCUGCAGCAGCUGCAGGCGUGCACCGGCCAGCAGUCCUGCCGCCAGGUGGAGGAGCUGGCUGCCGAGGUCCAGAGGCUCCGGACCGAAAACCAGCGGCUUCGUCAGGAGAACCAGAUGUGGAACCGAGAGGGCUGCCGCUGUGAUGAGGAGCCGGGUACCUAGGGGUGCCUCCCAGCCUGGUGGACCCAAGGAGAAGGUCCCAUUUCGUGCACACUCAGGCCAGCUGGGUCUCAAGGAGGCAGGUGGCAGAUGAAAACCACCGUCAACACCCUGUGCGCCCUGAGAACAGCUAAAUCGGUUCAGACUCCCACCUCACCAUUUCCAUAGUUGGCUCUUUUGUGUCAUCUUACCCUUUACAGAGAAAUUAAAUGGCCUUGGUGGGACCAAAUGGGA